AGGAAGUGGCUAACACAAACAACGAUUUCUGGGGAAACCUUUCAACAACCCCACAGGAAAUCGUAUAUAUAUUUCUUUUGAAAAAACAUCACCUUUAACACCUGCUGCCAAGAGACGGUGCAAAAUCAACUGUGGGGAAACAACACGAACUCUUCAUCUGAUUCAGAGACACAGGAUGCAAACUGGACACAUUCUGUUUUCAUUCAUCUUUCCCAUUGUCCUGGAUGGAUGCUGUGUGGGAAGUCAUCAAACGAAACAAACAGCUGCGGGACUCCCAGGUCUGCAGCAGGAUGCUAGACAUCAGCACUACAGAGCCGUGGAGGGGGAGAGCUUCAUGAUGCCAUGUAUAAGAUCUGUGAGCGGACACAUUAACGUGGUGUGGUCCAGGACUGGAGGACGUGAAGGUCCGUCCUUUGACUGUGGGAAAGUGUUUCCAGCUGAGGCAGGACAUUCUGGAAAGUACAGCUGCCUCACAGGGGGCAGCGUGUUGUUCUUGCACCUGCAGGUGGUGGAGGAAACCAGUGUGGGAUGUUUCCAGCCGGAGGAGCUCAGCGUCGAGCUGCUCAACAGCGCUGGUGGGGAGGUCCCCUGCCCGGGACGCAACUGCAGCAGCAACACACACGUCCGAUGGUUCAAGGGAAACACGUCUGUGUCUGAGCUGAGUCGAGCCACCUGUGAAAAGAACGGGCUGCUCCUGCUCUGUGAGGUCAAAGGCAAAUAUGAUGCAGGGGUAUAUUUCUGUGACAGACCAAUAAUGGAGCAGGGAGUCACAUGGACACUCAGGAGGGCUGUUAAAGUCAAAGUUGUGCCACACAAGACAACAAGUGACCCUCCCAGGAUUGUGUAUCCUGCUGACAACAUGACAGAGGAAGUGGAACUUGGUUGGCCUCGUACUCUGACCUGUAAGGUACUUUUUCCUUAUGAGAGUCAGACCACAGGGGAGGUGCGUUGGUUCAUGAACUAUGGCGGCAACAAGGAGAAUACGACUCUACUGGACAUGAAGACGCCUCAACAGAGGUCCGACAUACUUGAAGAAUACAGGAUCCUACAGGAGGGCGUCAUAAACGAGGUGACUCCACAACACUUGGACCACACAUACACCUGCAUCGCCAGUAACGCUAUUGGAAAACGCAAUGUCACCAUUAGGCUCAAGAGGAAACCUCCAGUGAAAUGGCCGUCACUGGUUGGGUUCCCAGUUGCUUCUUUGCUGCUGGUGGUCGUGGUGGGAGUGAGUUUGCACUUGAAGUGGCUGGAGCUACAGAUUAUCUACAGAUCCCACUUCCAACAUGGGAAACAUGACAGAGAUGAGAAAAGGUUCGAUGUGUUUCUGUCCUACGUGUGGAGCCCCAUGUCAGCAGAGCUGGAGAGAGGCUGGACCCCUUCCUCCCGAUCAGGAUCCAUCACUGAUGAGGAGGCAUGUCCAUCAAGCCUGGACCCACUGAACACUGAGGAGGGGGAGGCCACACAGAGACCACUAGAAGUGCUACUGCGCCAAGUGUUAGAGGAAGAGUGGGGGUAUCGCCUCUGCCUGGUGGAGAGAGACAUUCUUCCAGGAGGAGCCUAUACAAAUGAUGUGACUCUCGCAAUACAGAGAAGCCACAUGCUUAUCUGUCUCCUGUCCGCCGACUACCUCUGCGACAGCAAUGGAGUGUUUGAGCUGGAGUCAGGAGUUCAGGCUUUGCUGCAAAAGUCUUCCCUCAAACUCCUGCUGAUACAGACGUGUAGAAACUCUUCAUCCGUCAUCCAGGACCCCCCACUUCCUCCACUGGUCCAAAGGGCCCUGAAGGUGCUCCCGAGUCUGAACUGGACGUCAGAGGAACCUGCCAGAGGAACCAGCAGAUUCUGGAGGUCUUUGAGGAAGGCCAUGCCCGAUCACAGAGUGACAGUGGUUUCACUUGUGUAGGACCAGUGAAUACAUUUUUUCCCCAGUAACAUUUAACAUUCCAAAAAGGUGUUAUGUCCAUGAACAUUAUGUACUGAACUGAAACUGUGGCAUCAUUAACUAACAAAUAUGUAAAGAAAAUCAUCAUUAAAUCAAGUGAACCAACCUUUGUACCAAGAAUACUAAUUGAAAUGUUUCCUAGCAUUAAGAGUGAAUACAACAUAUAAAAUAUUUAUACUACUUAGUGAACAAAAUGUAAAAAAAGAGACAUUUAAAGAAUUAGAUUAUAUUUGUCUGUAACAGUAUAGGUAUAACAACAUUAUGUUGUGAGGUCUACCUCAUCGUGUACUGCAGAGCGGACAUAUUUGACACAAAACAUAUAUCCAAAACUUUUUUUUUAAUGCCUUUUAAAUGUUUUCAGGAGAGUUUUGCUUGACUAGUCAGGUCACAGCAGUGGGUAUGGGUGUAAUUGACUUGGGGAAAUUCUGCACAACAGUAAGAUAACAAAAGGAAUUUAAAGUUUACAUGUUUGAUCGUGGGGAUUUUCCAGAAGGAGUUUCAGGCACAGGAGAAGUCACUGAGGUACUGCAGGUUUCUAAUUUUAAAAAUAGUUGGGCUAGACUUCAGAAAUGUGGGCAUUCUAAUGUUAAAGCUGCAAUGCAAAGUGUUUACGUAAACAUUACUAACCUGCUGUACACUUUAACCACCCACAAAUCAAUAGACAUGACUGUUACCAGCAUCUGAAGUUAUAUUAGCGCUGAGUGAUUUGGAUCUUCACACAGUUGUCAACUAAAAACACAUCAAAGUCCUUCAGUGAAUGGAAAAGUUAAAAGGGCUUUCGUCAAUGUGAAAGUGAUACAGAAAGAAAUCCAACAAAACCAGCGAUACUGGUAAAACAAAACCUAGACAUCAAACAAAGAGCUGCCAAUAACGUGAUACAGCAGGGGAAAUGCGAAGUGAAGUUGAUUUAUGAUGGUUAUGUCCAUCUUAUAUAUCAAAAUAAAAAUUGGGGUAAAUAAAAAAGUUGUACAUUGAUGUUGAAAAACUGAGCAAAACAAUCAAUCUACGCAUGUAGUCUAGUCACUUGCCCCCACAUCAACAAAAAUGAUCAUACUCACACUCCCGUU